AGUCGAAUCUUCACCAGAGUAGAAGAACACCCUGCUAAGUGUCCCUGAAGACCCGCUAUUAAUUCCUAAAUCCUGAUAUCCACAAUACUUGUACUUGCGCAACAUUCUGAUUCAAUGUUGCCAUCUCGUCCCUCUUGCAAAUCCUUCGUAAGCUUUUCAAGCAGGAUCACACCGGAGACCGCAAAUAAAAACGGCAACUAGUCGUGUCUAGAGCUAGAAGUAGCUACCCCUCAACAAACAAAUUAUUCGCCAGAAGUCGACCUCGACGAGGGCCCGCGACCUUCCUCGUCCUGUCUUGCGAGUCAUCCACAACUCCGACGGUUGCAGCGAGUAACGACUUCGGUGUACUAGCAGCUGGUGAUAGAAGUUGCAAAACGACCAGAGCCUGUUCCAGGCCCAGGAGCUCCAAGCAAGAAGAAGACCGCCGGUAGUUUCACAAGAGAGGAAUAAAUCUAAAAAUCUUGACCAAGUGCAAGCAAAAGAGGCGUCGAACAACGCAGGCUCAGUUGUAGAAGAACAAGGGGGAAAGCAAAUCCGCCGGAGUCAGGAACAACGAUCGGCGUUGGUCCUGCUCCCCAAGAAGAAAAGCAAUAUGUUGUCGCGUAACAAACCGUUCAAACUGGUCGCCACCGUGGCUUUGGCCACGACGAGGGAAGCAGCGGCAAUUGCGGCCUGGAUUCUCGGAGACGGCUCGUCUACUGCUGCGGGAGGGGAUGACAGCAAAAACGAGCAGAACUCAUGGGUGGAUUGGGAGCACCUGAGGAAGCUUUUCUCCCUACCCCGGCCCCCGCAAGGCCGGCGUGCAAAAUCGGCGAAAUUUCUGGCUCGUCGGGACGAAAUGUGGGAGGACGAAGGAGAAGGCGACUCGCUUCCUGCCACCGCUGCUGUCCCCGAAGAUCUUCUUGCCGGCAUCGGAAUCGCCGAUACGGGAGAAGUGGAUGCGCGUCCUGGGAUCACCGGAGCAGGAGUCGAGGGCGUGGGCACCGGCGUGGAGGGGCAGGGGCCUCAAAGCUCUUUUCUGCAGGUGGAUGAAGGGGAAGCCGCGACUGUCCCUGCGCCCGCCGAUCAAAGUCCUAGCUCUCCGGUUGGGGCGGGGGUGGGCGCUUCUGCGGCGAAUACGCAUUGCAAUGCAAAUAUGAUACCUGGGUCUUCCCAUUGGGUCUAAGGCACACGAAAUUCUGUCAUGUUCGUGCGUGAAAAGCAUAUUGAAAGGUAAGUUGCGAUACCUCUGCCAAGCAAAAAGUUGAUUCCUCAUUCAAAGUCGGCAUUAAGUUUAGUGUACACCCUUCUCAAAGUAAGUAACUCAAUCUGCUUUGGCAAGCAACCUAGACCUUCUUCAUGCUCCAGACAGAGGUCGCACUCGCAUGAUACACAUUUGCGAUGCUAGUAAGUACGUUUUUCUUCGGACCCAGACAACAAAUUUGCACUGGAUAGCAAAGCCGUCUCUGCAAUUUCCGACGCCGCACAACAUGCUGAAGUUGAUCCCGACGCAAGAAAGCCACGCGGGAGCGCAAGAGCAAGACGGGCAGGCUGGCUCUGCUGACCACUCUGCUCUGCAAGUGCAACAAGCAGACAAUGUUGCGGUCGCCGGGGGUACACGUGAAGUUGGGGCGAAUCUGAAUAUCCACUGCAAACCUGUUGUAGUCUUUUUGUUUUUCUAAGGUGCAGAUCUUAUUCACACCCGUGCCCGAAGAUGCUUAGCCUGCAUGACAGAUGGUGAUACCCGUUUCCCGGGGCAAAACAUGAAGAGCCUUCGUUCCUCCUUUUGAGGGAUGACAAGUAGAAGUCUUCGCGGACAACUCAUGGCUAAAAAUGUCAAGACAAACACUAGCAUCUUCACGAGCUUGCAAUGUCAGCGAGCAGUUCGUCGGGACCCCGAAGACGUUGACAUGUUUGCAGUUGAUAGGAAAAGAAGUGCCGUCACUGCAAUUUCCCACGCCGCACAACAUGAUGAAGUUGAUCCCGGACGGAGUGGAAGCCCCUACUGUGGUGCAACUACCGGCGGAUGACAAAAAGGAUGACUCUCACCAGUCUUUUCUCAAGCUCGAAGAAACCUCCGACAGGAGAACAGUUCCUGUUGUUGAAAGGGUGGGUGGAGGUGAGGCUCUAUCACUUCUACAAGGGCAAGAAGAACGCCGCGUCGGAGGAAAGCAGGAGCAUAUAAAACAAGCAGAAGGUGGGCAUGACGAAGUGCCCGAAGUACACGAGCGAAAAGGAAAAACCCAAAACCGAUUGACCGAGAACGCCUCUCCAGGGAUUUCUGGUAGUCUGGGGGACCUCCACACUAGCGAGAGAGAUGAUCUUCAGAUUGCCAAUCACCUCCAAUCGUCGCAGACGACAACGAGCGGUCCUUCUUUCACGCAGACGGGCUCGACGGGUUUCAGGCAGCACAGGCUUCGUAGAGCAAAUUCGGACGUGGGACCGUGGACCGAGGCUAUGAAGGUGAACGAGCAAGAAGCAGAGGAGAUGAGGCGCGACGCUCUACACGAUUAUGUUCUUGACAAAUACCCGCCCCCGGAUGUCGAAGUGGUAGCACAGACAUCCACCUUUGCGCUGUGGUCAAUCUUCAAUAGGAAUAGUGUGCAGGAACCGAAACAAAUCAUCUAUCGCACACAAGAGGGAGACGAGAUUUCCGCCGACAAGGUCACGAUCAUCAGCAUCAGAAAAUGCUAUAUCGUCGAUUUCCGCAUUGGAGCCGGGAUCGAACAUCUCUACGUGACAUUCACCCCAGCUGCCGCUGUCACCGAAGGCCGAUCUCUUCUCGCGGAAGACAAAGUGCGCAAGGUUGUUGUCGCCGAGUUCGAGGGGGGCGGAUGGAGCGUGCACAACCCGGACUCUUUUCCUCAGUCCUGGCCGGUUGUCUAUGAGUCUCCUAUUUGUCUACAGAGUGGUAUGCUAGACUCGGCAACGGAAGAGUUCGAGAAGUUGCUCGAAGAAACAAGGAAGGAUGACCUGCGCAACUUGGGUCUGACCGCUUUUCAGAAACGGAUGCUUCGUGUCCAGAUCGACGAAUAUAACAGAAAAAAUGAAGAGCUGAGAGCUCUCGAAAAGAAGAAGGAACCGACGAUCUCAAGCUGGCUGCCUGAGUGGGUGAAAACAAGCCCGGAAAUAAGCGACCAGAUGCUGAACAAGGCUCGACAAGCAAGGGACAAGGCAAAAUGGAGUGUGUGGUGGUUCUUGAACAAGGGGAGCGACUCUUUCAACAAGAAGCUGCACGAGAUAGUUGACCGUGACGAGGUCGAUUGGGACUCGUCAAGGUUGCUGCUCGCCACGAACCUGAACGAAGACAAUGGCAGCGGCCGUGUAAACCCUGACAAGGUAACGGAUGUGGUGCAGCAACUGGGUGAGAAGCUCGAAUAUGGGAAAUCCCGUCGAGAUUCUGAGUCACACUACGGCAUUUUUUCAAAAAAUUGCCAGCAUUUCGUCAACGAACUAUUGAAAGUUUGGCGGACGGGCGACGAAAUGUUGAAUGUGGACCAGCAGACGAGACAUUUUACCCAGCUGCGUGGCCCACUCCACCUCUGGCCGCAGCUGUCCGGAGGUGGACAGACAUCAGCUGAUUCGUCUGGAGUGCAUUCGCUUGAUGAACAAUUUGCUUCGCGCGUCUGGAACAAAGGUGGCGAAAAAUUGAAGUACCAUAGGUGUGCUCUGAAGACCAAAAGGCUGCCCGUGGUGCAGCGACAAAUUGCCGUGGCGUUGCAGAAGCUGAAAGAUGGGUCCGAAUCGCUAUCGCUCGCGCUAAAUAUUGAUGAAGAAAGAACAAAAAAUGCAUCCUGGCUCAGAGAUCAAGAGGUGAAAAAUCAAGAGGCAGAGGCUGCCGCUGAACCGCAACAGGCACAGGCAUGGUCGUCUAGUUUCUCGCGCAGCUGGUCUUUGCUUUCCCCGACGUCCUCGGAGAUGCAGGACGACUGCGGAACGAAAGGCCACAUAGAAAAAGAUCCCGGCGAUGCGGAGGUAUUAAAUUCGCUUCCACCUUCGCGAAUAUACCUGGCGCGCGAUUCCUUCGACCGGGUUCUGGAAGCACGAAGACAUGUCAAAUGCUUGAAAAUGGAACGCAAGAGGCUACACGAGUACAUAGAAAGCUCCUGCAAACAAGAGCACCAGGCCUCGAAGAAACAAGCUACGCCCUAGCUCCAACAUAGUAAGCCGGAAAUUGAAAAAGACAUAAUUUUCUGUGAUUUCAUGUGGAACUUCAACUUUUUACACUCAACCUGCACGAGAAAACGAACAGCUUGCAACUUUCAACUUAUUUUCAAAUCUCUCUUCGUAAACUUUGCAUUUACAACAAACUUCUAUCUUGUACGACAGAAACACCUCAGCCAGACUUCUUAACUUUUCAGUACGAGUCGUAUCUUUCGACGCCAGCUGGUUAUCUUUUCAGCUUUCUUUUUCGUUUUCUUUUGUCAACAGGGCGAUAAGCGGCUCUGGCGCACUGGCUUUUUCUUCAAGUUGUAGCGCUAGAACCACACGAGAGAAGAAACUUCACCCGGAUUCCGUGUAUCCAAAGGCAAUAAACAAGCAAACGAGUUGUAAUCAGUAAAGUAUCUACCCGUUAUUUUUGUCUUCUGCGAAACCUCCAUCGGUCUGAAUUAAACUAAAACUUUGCAUUUUGCAUUUCCCCCUUCGAACGUGAAGUAAGUGUCUAAUAAUUUAACAGUAACACGAAGGCCCACUGACCUGUAUUGAAGGGAAAGAAAGGACAAGCAUCUCAGUCUCAGCGCGAGUUUUUGCAUUAUACAGGUCCGGAUCGGUUUAGGUGGUGGUAAUCUAAAAUGGGUACCAGCGUCUAACGAUGGCGCCCUGACAUUCACACAACAAAAUUGCCCCCCAGACGUGCAAGCUUUACACCAUUUCGAUUUUCCUUAAGUCACGCCCCUCCCUUCGCCAUUUUUCUAGUUUUUUAUGCCGUUUUUUUCCCUUGAGCGCCGCUUUUUUUCUAAUUUGUUGUGCCGCUCAGCACUCCUUCCUACUGCCCCCUGAGCAAGUGUAUUGUCUGCGUUUGUACUAGAUGCAAAAGAGUAAAGGCGUCACGCUCGUCAUGUUCUCUCGCAGACCAGAGGUAGUUUUCCAAGUAUAUGAAAGAUAACAAAAGCACUAUACCGCUACCUUCGCAGCAAGAUUAAAUAAUGCGGACGAACAAGAAUGCGCUGUUGGUGGGCUCUGCUUCUAUCCUCAUGCCCAAUGACAAGGCUACAGCCCUACUUGCGUGGUCCUCGGCCCCGUUUCGCUCCUAUUUUUGCAAUGGUCGGCGCUUGGGGUGGGUUUGCACUUGUGUAUGUGAUUUUGGUGAUUUUUCGUGCUGGCCACCCUCGGCUUGCUUAUUUCUUUUUAUCUGCCCUGGCACCUCGUCGAAAC